AUGUCUCAUUACUGGAUCAAUGAUGGCAGUCAACAGAACAAUUGGUACAGUAAUGAAGCAAGCGCUGGUUGGGGACAGUAUAAUAAUAGCCAGCAACAAUCAUCUAUCCCACAAGGUUCAGUUUAUUAUGACAACUAUCAGCAGCAACAGGCGCAAAAUACAAACUUUUAUAAUGGCCAAUAUUUCAUCCCCUCCCAGUUACAAGCUUUGCCUACUGAUAAUUUCGAGAAUGAACCACCAUUGUUGGAAGAGCUUGGAAUCAAUUUUAGUCACAUCAGACAGAAAACGUUUGCUGUGUUGAAUCCUGUUGGUUCUGUGGCACCCGAUGUGAUUGCUGAUCAAGACUUAGCCGGUCCUUUUGUAUUUUUUCUUUUAUUUGGUGCUGCUUUGUUGCUUCACGGGAAGAUCCAAUUUGGAUAUAUUUAUGGAAUCGGUACUUUGGGAUGCGUUGGAAUAUAUGCGUUGCUAAAUUUAAUGGCUGCGGAUAAUUCGAUUUCGUUCACUUGUACCGCUAGCGUCCUUGGAUACUGCUUACUACCAAUGGCUAUUUUAAGUAUGAUAGCUGCAAUCUUCUCUUUUCAGGGUGUGUUAGGCUACUUGAUAGCAAGUGCGGCUGUAAUAUGGUGCAGUGUUGCCUCAUCUAAAUUGUUUAUUACGACAUUAUCUUUGGAUGGACAACAAUUGCUUGUCGCAUAUCCAUGUGCCUUAUUGUAUUGUGUUUUUGCUCUUCUUGCAAUCUUUUAA